CGAGGAGGGAGAAGCAUCUCUUGAAAUUCCAGUUGACCCCGCUGAUGAGCUCAGCCCAAGGACAGAACAUCCGGUACUAGAGCUGGAAGAAACAGAAGACAUACGCGAGGUGUCUGUAGAUGUAGAGGAAGCCCCAUGUGAAACAUCAAAGGAGUCAUCCCCUGAUGACCCCAGUGCUGCUCCAGAAGCAAGUAAGGAGCCAGAGGAACAUCAAGAAGCAGAGCCCCCGAUGGAUGAGGAACGGGAACCAAUGUAUGAUGAAACAGCAAACACAUACAAUACUGGAAGAACAUUCUGUUUUAUGAAGUGGGUCUAAAUCUGCAAUUUCCUUUUCAGAGACCUGGAAUUCAGCGGUAUUUGCCAGAAAGACCUCCGCCGCUGCGCCCUACUAGGCAAAGGUGGAUACGGAAAGGUAAUUUUCUCAGUUCAUUAGAAGUAUUGGUACAUUUAUUGUCUCAUUCAGGCUAACUAAACGCUUUCUCUCAUUCCAGGUUCUCCUUAUUCAGCACAAUCCCACAAAGAAAUAUUGUGCUGUAAAAGCCAUGGCCAAAGGGAAGAUCUACACCUCUGAUGACAUUGAUGGAAUCUUGACAGAGAAACGCGUCAUGCAAAUCACCAAGGAGAGCCUUUAUACUGUCAAUUUAUACGCCACUUUCCAUACAAAGAAUAUGCUCUUCUUUGUAAUGGAGUUUGCUGCCGGUGGCAGUGUAAGGACCCACUUGCAGAAGGCUAGAACUUUUGACAUACCGAGGGCUAGGUUCUACGCAGCCUGUAUUACACUGGGUUUGGAGGAGUUACAUGAAAAAGGCAUUAUACAUAGGUAAGCAAAAAAAAGUGUUGGUUUCACAGCUUACGUCUUCAUCUGACUAGCAGGAAAUACAUUGUUCUGGCACAUACAGAACAAGAUAUUAUAUAACAUUCUUUUGUAUUUAUUACAGAGACAUGAAGCCUGACAACCUCCUCGUAGACAGCCAAGGUUAUGUCAAAAUUGCCGAUUUCGGCCUCAGCAUAGAUGGUAAGUUUACCUUAUAAUCCACAGUUUCUAUACCAUAAAUGCACUUUAGAAAUGUUCAUUUCCAAAUGAACUGAUCUGACUGCGCUGGAACAGU